UGCAACCAUUCAACACGUGAAGAAGUUGGAAACAGAAAUUUAAUUAAAAUGAAGGUGGCUAAAAACAAAUCUGAAGAUGACAUAAAGUCCAAAGACAAGUUAACGACGGUGGCAGCAGAGAGUAAAGCGGUCAAAAAGAAGCCAAAAGCGAAGAAACCUAAAGCAGCAAAGCCUGCUGUAGCCGUGGCGGCCAAAGCGAGCGCUGAGAAUUUAACUGUUGCGGAUUUGGCUAAAAUUCAGAAGAAAAAGGCCAAGAAGGAAGCACAAAAACUUAAGAAACAGGAAAGAAAACUUACAAAGGCUGAACCCGAGACGACAGAAAAACCAGCGACAAAAAAUGUAGAUAAGGAGGCCAAAAGCAACACGAAGCAGACAGUCAAGCCAAAAGCAAAGAAGACAAGUGGUGGAAGGAAAGAUGAAGAGACAGUGAAGCGUGAAAGGGAUCCGGCAGCGGAAGCUGCCACAGUGUUUGUAGGCAAUUUGCCCAUCAACACGAAACGGGUGCAACUCAAACGUCUGUUUCAGCCCUAUGGCAAGAUUCAAACCAUACGUUUGCGCACAGCGGGUGGCAAGAAUUUGUUUAAGCACAAACAGCGUAAAGUAGCUGGCUCAUUGAACGCCUAUGUGGUGCUAGAAACUCCAGAGAUUGCAGAGAAAGCGCUAGCGCUGAAUGGUACAGAGUUUAAGGAUAACCAUUUACGUGUGACGCCUUCAGCAAAAGCACCUGCUAUGGAGAACGGAAGCGAUGCAGAUGCCAAGCGUACCGUAUUCGUGGGGAAUCUGAAAUACUCUGCCAAUGAAGAAAAACUACGUGAGAUAUUCUCCAGUUGUGGCGAAAUCGAUUAUAUACGGUGCCUGCAUGAGGGAGAAAAAGGUUGCAAGGGUGUAGCAUACGUAUGUUUCCAAAAACCGGACGCUGUUGGCUUGGCGCUGGAACUGAAUGAAACUUUACUAGACGAUAGACCCAUACAUGUUGAACGUUAUUCGGUGAAGAAACUUGGCGCUAAGGAGACCCGUGAUGCUGCCACAAAAGUAGCUCCAAAGUCAAAGAAAAAUAUGAAUUCGGCAGGAGCCAAGAAACGGCUGGAUAAGAAGCAGCUUAAAGAGAAUGGAAAGCCAGGCGGAGGUGCGCAGUCUCCGGCAAACAAAAAGAAAUCUGAAUACCGUGGUGUGAAAGUAGACGGUAUCAAGAAAAACAAAAAGCCCAAGCAGAAAUCUAAUAAACAAAUGAAUGUGCUAGCUAAGAAAAUUGCGCCAAAGAGCAAGAAUUGACAGUCAUACAUAUGUUAAGUGUAAAUUUUAAUGAAUUACAAAGACUUGUAAAGCAAUAAAUAUUUUUUUGCUGGACUAUUGUGCAGUAACAAUCUUUG